GCACUCCUGAAAAAAAAAGUCGCAUCUUCGCCGCGCGUAGGAGAUACGACCGACGCUUCCGUCACAACAGCAAGUACACCGAGGGUUCUCUCUAGCCAUAGGCCAACACUCCACGCAACAUUCAGCUUCCAUAGGCGCCUUCAGGGUCACUGGCAGCCAUGGCGUACGUGGAAGUGCUGUGCUCACACCUUUCGAGAGUGCCGCAACACGAACUGCGAUGCUUGGACAACGACGGCUUCACCGACCUUCCAAAGCUCGCCGACAAGUCUGUACCAGAAGCAGUCAGCGCGGUUCGCGCCCAUCUGGAAUCCAUAGCCGCUAUGCGCGACCGUCUGGACUGCGCGGCCCACUUAUUCACCUGCAUGGCCGGCCUGGGCGUCAUAGGGUCCUGGGUUCUCUAUCGCGCUGACCGUAGGGAGGACCCCACUGAUAUCAUCGGCGACAUCCUGAAAAAAAUGCGGCAGAGACGCGUCCACGGCGUGUUCGCCAAGGCGACGGAAAACGUCUGUUGCACCUGCCUGCUCGUCCCCGAAGAAGAGAGAGGCAGGGACUUCAGGCCUUACUUGUUCGUCGACUGGUACACAAAGCCCUGCGUAGCCAUACACGAAACUCCCGACAUACAUUCGCCCUUACUCGAAACCGUCCUCCGACAGACGUUGGGAAAUCCGCCACGAAGCUACCGUUGCGGCGUUUAUCGAGACCUGAGGUCGCUGUAUGCUGGCGUCCUCCAAUUGUUCCCGUGAUGCAGCCGCCGACUCCCUCCCAUGCCAUCUGCGGGCAACGCGGUGAACUGUCCCUCCUUUUUCGGCCACCGACUU